AUGGCCUUCACAAAGUCCUCCCUUUCCACCUCUAGCAUGAGCGAAAGCGCCAAAGCAGAUACCACAAAGUCCCAGACUCUCGAGAAUCAUAGCCCCCUCAAAGAAAUUGAAGAUCACCGCCCUCAACCCGCAAAUGACGAAAAAGAUACGUUGACUGGUAUAGACACACCCACAGAUGACGAUGCUCGCAAAAUUACCGGGUUUCGCUGGUCUCUGAUCUGUGCUGCUCUUUAUCUGUCGGCCUUGAUGUAUGGACUCGACACAACCAUCGCUGCAGACGUGCAGGGGGCAGUCAUUCGCAGUUUCCAUGAGGUCGAACAGCUUGCCUGGAUCGGCGUCGGAUUCCCUCUCGGAUCGGUCGCUGUCAUCCUUCCCUACGGCUUCCUAUUCACCUCCUUCAACAUGAAAUGGCUCUAUAUUGUAGGGAUUGUGUUGUUUCAGGCAGGGUCCGCUCUCUGCGGCGGUGCGCCGAGCAUGCAAGCUUUAAUCAUUGGGCGUGUGAUUGCUGGAGCUGGAGGGACAGGUAUUUAUCUUGGCGGCCUAAACUACUUCUCUGCCAUGACAACUCGACAUGAGCGUGCGGUGUAUAUUUCCGGGAUUGGUUUCGUUUGGGGGUUUGGGGCGAUUCUGGGACCGGUGGUUGGAGGUGGGUUCUCGGACUCCGCUGCGACCUGGAGAUGGGGAUUCUAUAUCAACCUCAUCAUCGGUGCAGUCACAGGCCCUAUCUACCUGUUUUACCUUCCACCCGUUCACCCGGCUUCUGGGAAACCGCUCGGAGAGCGAUUGAAAAGUUUGGACUAUGUUGGGUUUAUUCUGAGCGCAGGAAUGUGGGCGACUUUCGCUAUUGGGUUUAUCUUCGCCGGUGGUCUCUGGCCGUGGAGCGGUGGUCGCGCUAUCGCAAUGGUUGUGGUUUGGGGUGUCCUCCUUGGUCUUUAUGCUCUGCAACAGGGUUUUUGCAUUUUCACAACGCCCGAGACCCGAUCAUUCCCCUGCCAUCUGCUCAGGUCGCGAACUCAAGUGUUGUUCUAUGUCAUUACCACCUGCGCCAAUACUUGCAUGUUCUUCACCAUGUUCUACAUCCCCAUCUACUUCCAGUUCACACGGAAUGAUACUUCUCUCAUGGCUGCGGUUCGACUGCUUCCCUAUCUUGUGUUCACCAUUACUGUCAACCUGACGACAGGGUGGGCCCUCCCUCGGGUCAAGUACUAUAUGCCAAUGUGUCUGGUGUCAGGCAUCUUGAUGACUAUAUCCAGUGCGAUGUUCGUGGCUUACCUCUCACCGUCAACACCCACCCCACAGAUCUAUGGCUUCAGUAUUCUGAUGGGAGUUGGAACUGGAAUCACCAUUCAGCUGGGAUACUCUGUCAGUAGCUUAAAGGUAGCACCAACUGACUCACUCAGUGCCAUCAACCUGCAGAAUGUUGCACAGAUCGGCGCAACAGUUCUGAGUAUUGUUCUUGCCAACCAGGUUUUUCAGUCAACUGCUGUCCGCAAUUUAAAUCGUGUUUUGGCUGAUCAGGGGUUCAGCCAGGAAGAUAUUCAUGGCAUUGUUGCGGGGGCUCAGAGCACACUAUUUGGCAGACUGAAUAGUGAGCUACGGACGGGGGCUAUUGGUGCCAUCACCUCUGCGAUGGCACGAGCCUUCAUUAUUCCGCUUGUCGCCGGAGCGCUAGGUACCAUUGCCUCUUUAAUCUUGAAGCGGGAAAGACUAUUUGGAUAG